AUGGCGGCUGCGCUGCGGGGACCCGGCGGGCGCUUCCGGUGGCGGACCUGGGCGGCGGCGGCGGCGGCGGCGGCGGCGGCGGGCGGGGUGCGGGGCGCGGCGCGGAGCGCAGCAGCAGGGCGGCAGGACUAUGAUCUCCUGGUGAUUGGCGGGGGAUCUGGCGGCCUGGCCUGUGCCAAGGAAGCUGCUCAGCUGGGAAAGAAGGUGGCCGUGGUAGACUACGUGGAGCCUUCCCCCCGAGGUACCAGGUGGGGCCUCGGCGGCACGUGUGUAAAUGUUGGCUGCAUCCCCAAGAAGCUGAUGCAUCAGGCAGCGCUGCUGGGGGGCAUGAUCCGAGAUGCCCCCCACUACGGCUGGGCCAUCCAGCCGGUCCUGCAUGACUGGAGGACGAUGGCAGAGGCCGUGCAGAACCACGUGAAGUCCCUGAACUGGGGGCACCGGGUCCAGCUGCAGGAUAGAAAAGUCAAGUACUUUAACAUCAAGGCCGGCUUUGUCAAUGAGCACACGGUUUGCGGUGUCGCUAAAGAUGGGAAAGAGACUCUACUUUCGGCUGAGCACAUCGUCAUAGCUACUGGAGGGCGGCCGAGGUACCCCACUCACAUUGAAGGUGCCUUGGAAUAUGGAAUUACAAGUGACGACAUCUUCUGGCUGAAGGAAUCCCCUGGAAAAACGUUGGUGGUCGGGGCCAGCUAUGUGGCCCUGGAGUGUGCUGGCUUCCUCACCGGGCUCGGACUGGACACCACCGUCAUGAUAAGAAGCAUCCCCCUCCGGGGCUUUGACCAGCAAAUGUCUUCCUUGGUCACAGAAUACAUGGCCUCUCAAGGCACCCGGUUCCUGAGAGGCUGUACCCCCUCAAGAGUGCGGAGGCUCCCAGAUGGCCAGCUCCAGGUUACCUGGGAGGACCUCACCUCCGGCAAGGAGGACAUGGGCACCUUCAACACUGUCCUAUGGGCCACAGGUCGAAUUCCAGAAACCAGAAGUCUGAAUCUAGAGAAGGCUGGAGUAAACAUCAACCCCAACAGUCAGAAAAUCCUGGUCGAUGCUCAGGAAACCACCUCCGUCCCCCACAUUUAUGCCAUCGGAGAUGUAGCAGAGGGGCGGCCCGAGCUGACACCCACGGCUAUAAUGGCAGGAAAGCUCCUGGCCCAGCGGCUGUGCGGUCAGUCCUCAGACGUGAUGGACUACGACAAUGUCCCCACGACAGUCUUCACCCCGCUGGAGUAUGGCUGUGUGGGGCUGUCGGAGGAGGAGGCCGUGGCUCGCCACGGAGAAGAGCAUGUGGAAGUUUAUCAUGCAUAUUAUAAACCGCUGGAGUUCACAGUGGCUGAACGGGAUGCAUCCCAGUGUUACAUAAAGAUGGUGUGCCUGCGGAAGCCCCCACAGCUGGUACUGGGCCUGCACUUUCUCGGCCCCAACGCAGGCGAAGUGACUCAAGGAUUUGCUCUGGGGAUCAAGUGUGGGGCCUCCUAUGUGCAAGUGAUGCGGACGGUGGGCAUUCACCCCACCUGCGCCGAGGAGGUGGCCAAGCUGCGUAUCUCCAAGCGCUCGGGCCUGGACCCCACUGUGACAGGCUGCUGAGGCUAAGCAGCCAUCCCUGCCAGACCAAGGGCACGCGGCUCACCUGCAGCCCCCCACAGCCAGGUUCUUCGGAGGCUCAGAGCCAGG